AUGGAGUCACAACAGGCAAACCCAAAACUCGAGUCCCAGUCCAACUCCGACACCACUGACCCCCCAACUGUCGACAAAACCAACCAAAAUGUUCCCAGUACCACUAGCCCAAUGAUCCGCCUCUCAUUAUGGGUAGCCUUUGCAGCAUGGAUCGCAAACUUCGACAACGGCUACUCCGGCACAGUCCUAAUAAUGCCCUCUUACAAAAGCUCCUUCGGUACCUGCAAGCAGCUCCCCGACCCAAACACCCACACCAGCACCGAACACUGCACCUUGACACCUCUCCAGCAAUCCCUCAUAAGCCUCAACUACCUCUUCAUCGCGGUAGGAGGCGGCAUCGCAGGCCUAUCAGGCCAAUACCUCGGCCGCAGACGAUCAAUACAAAUUGGCUGCUGUUUAGCCAUAAUCGGCGCCGCCGGAAUGCUCGGCACCAGUGGCAGCUUCCUACACUACAUGGUGUGUAGAUCCAUCAGCGCCGUCGGCAUUGGACAGCUGAUAGCCUCGAGCGUCACCUAUGGCUCCGAGUGUAUUGCUGCCAGUCAGCGCGGACUAUCGCUGGGAUUCUACAAUGUCGGGCUCGCGAUGGGGAAUGUCGCUGCUUCGGCUGUUUGUGCGGGGUCUGCGCGACUGAAGCCGGACAAUGACUGGCAAUGGAAGACGCCGAUCGUGUGUCAGAUUCCGCUGGGGAUUGUUCUUGGGGUGGGGAUUUCGACGCUUCCUGAGUCGCCGCGAUGGCUUAUGGGGCAUGGGCGGGAGGAGGAGGCGAGGAUAUCGUUUGGGGUGCUUUGUUGUCAGAGGCCGUGUUCGCCUGUUGUUACGGGGCAGAUUGAUGGGAUCAGGAAGCAUCUUGAGAAUGAGAGGGCUGGGGCGAAGUCUGUUUCUUGGGUUGACAUCUAUAGUCGGAAGCAUGUUGGUCGGACUUUGACUUCUGCUUUGAUUAUGGUCGGUCUUGCUGUUACGGGGAUUCAGUUUGUGCAGCCGUAUGCUGCGCUGUUUCUCAAGGGUGUUGGAGUCAGUGAUCCAUAUUUGAUCAAUGUUAUCAUUGGGCUGUGCAUUUUGGGAGGAUCGUUGUUCGGUCCGUUCGUUGUGGAGUACGCGGGGAGAAGAAUGACCAUUCUAUCAGGUUAUGUUGCUAUGGGAUUGUGCAUGCUGAUUCUCUCCUCUGUCAGCACUGCUCUUGGCAUGAACAAGAGCGGAGAGAUGGUGAUGGUGGUGUUUUUGUGCCUGUGGUCCUUUGUAUUUGGUGCCACCAUCGCUCCGAGUGCUGGCCUGACUUCGGUGGAGAUGCACAGCGUUCCACUCCGCACCUUCGGGCAGGCUAACACAACGAUAUUCUUUGGAAUAUUCUCGUUCGGUGCUACCUUCUGGACGCCUUACAUGCUCGGACCUAAUUAUGGGAACAUGGGUGCCAAUGUGGGCUACUUUUAUGCUGGUGUCACUGCUAUCAUUGCGACGAUGAUAUUCUUCCUCGUGCCAGAGACUGCUGGGCUUACGCUGGAGCAGGUUGAUGGUGUUUUCAAUUCGGGAAUCAAGGCGUGGAAAACAUCAAUGGCUGGGAAUAAGGCCAUCCGUUCCCAGGGAAGGAAUCAAGCAUAUGCGAGUGAACGGGUUUGA